AUGCCGCAACCGAAAGUACCAGAGCCUGCUUAUGCUGAAAUUGACUCCAUGCUGUCGAGCAAAUUUGGAAGAGAAGUCGCCAACUAUUUCAGCGCUCUAAAUCACCCGUCGACGAGGUUCCUGCUUCUUGAUAACCUGGCGCCUCUUGCAAAAGAUCCUACUUGCCUUGAAUAUGCCUCGCAUGAAGAUGUGGUUUCGCUCACUGGAGACAAUCCUUAUAAGAAGACAGAAGAGGAGCUGGUGGCGGAUUAUAACUCCUCUACCGCAAUACCUCAACUGGUCUUUCUCGGACUUUACGAGCAGCAAAAUUCAGAUUUCGAAUGGCAUAUGUACCGUGGAUCUCCGUACUUUGCACUUGAUAUCACGCCAAAAGGUAGUACUGCUUCUACCGCAGAAGCGCUUAUCAACUCCAUGAAGUCGAAGGGUCUACAAUUCGUCCAGGGCCGUAUGCAUAUGUCACUGCCCGCAACCCAGGCUGCAAUUUAUGCCCAAGCAAGAGCGCUGGUCGAUUGGAAUGCGCGAAAUCCAUAUUGUGGGCAAUGCGGCCAGCCAACACUAUCCUUCCGUGCAAGACUUGUUUCUGACGCUCAAAUUAGGAUCAAUGCGGGGACCAAAAGGACUUGUCCACCUAAAGACAAGGCCCUUUUUAUAGGCAGCUCAGCAACAGGGUCAAUGGUGGACCGCAAGCUAGUAGAUCGUCCCAGCUGUGCUACGCGAAAAGGCAUUAGCAACCUCUCCUUUCCCCGGACCGACCCUACGGUGAUAAUGGCGGUGGUUUCUGCAGACGGCGAGCGAGUCCUUCUCGGUAGUGAUCCAAGCUAUGUGCCUGUUUCUUUCACUAAAUCUUCUCAGGUCGCCAGAAGAGGUGGCCACCCUACUGGUACAGUACCCUCGCCGGUUUUGUUGAGCCCGCCGAAUCCGUCGAAGAAGCUGUCAGACGAGAACACCCAACCUUGGCCAUAUCCCGCAAAUUUAAUGAUUGGGGCUAUUGCACAGUGCGUCCCCAACAAAGAGAAGAUUGUUUUAGAACACGAUCCGGAGUUGGAGGACGCGAAAUGGGUCAACCUCAAGGAGGUCGAGGAUGCGUUGGUCGUUGGAACAAGUGGCCUUGGAGAAGAUGCACCUCUCGGCUACCAAGAAGGUGGUCUAAGGUUGCCGCCCAAAACAGCGAUUGCGAACCAGCUUCUCACUGCCGUUACGUCCGGCUUCUUACAUAGUUCAAUCAGCGGAAGUAAAAUGUAG